UGAAUUUACAUGACGUCGUGGCGUGCACAGUUUGGAGUUCAUAGUUUGUAAGAGCUUUUGGUGAAGACUUCGAAUCGAGUGGACUUUGACUUGUAGUAGGUAAGCACACCUGGAGAUACUGGCGGUCAUUUUGGAGCGAAGAGGGUACAUUGGGUCUAGGUAUGUGACGUGCGGUGCAUUCUCUGGAAGCAGGUUGGAUAGGUAUUGGAUGGAGUCUGCGUGGUGUAUGCUGAUUCUGUCGAGAGUAUCGGAAACAUCAGGGACUUGUUUUGCUAGUUGGAAGGCGUCGAACAAAAGUGUGUAUACCAACGGGUGUCGCUCAAGGAUCUUUACACGGAAUCCGGCGGAGGCCAUGAAGAAGGCGUCGACGCCCAGUCCGCCGGUUGCGUCGAGGACCGCGGUUUCUGAAGGUGUCUUUUCAGACACUUUGACUGCUCUCAUGAUGGGCGAUUUGAAGUUGAAGCUGAAUUUGCGAAAUUGCAUCGACGCGGAGAGGAAGUCUGCGUGGACGGGAGCUCGAGUACGGCGAGAUUGGCAUUGGUACUGAAGAGACAGUAUUUGUGCGCCCACAAUGAGGAUGAAGCGGCAAUCUUUGGCCUGAUUGAUGUGAGCAUAGAAUGGGACGUUGAGUUGUUUGGCAAUAAUUUCAGCUCUCUUGAUUUGGUCCGGAUCUCCAGGAGAGUUCGGACAUACGCCCGCCCGUUGAAUCAUGGGCAGCAGUUCUGAACAAAGGCCUUGAAUUUGGAUUGUGGGAAUCAGCAGGUUUUUUUUGACUAGUUUUUGAACGUGAAAAUGCUUGAUUUUGUCUAGUGUUGGUUUUUGUUCGUUACUGGAAUACAGCUCAUCGAUGUAUUGUAUUUCUUCUUGGAUUUUUUGUAUAGAGCUUUCGAUUGACGUAGUGGAUUGUUCUGGACAUUUGUAGUUAGAUUUUCUCAGUAUGGCUCUUUUAAAGCUAAUCUGGCGUUCUACGAUGUUUUCGUGGAUGGUUUUUGGAACCGCUUGAAUAGCUGAAGCGUCCGCAACCAUUUGGCGGAGGGACAGUUUGUCUUCGCAGAAUACGCCAGGUAGUUUCUUGACGUUCGCAAAUUUUGCCUUUUUCUCGACAUUCGCAAAUUUGGUCUUUUUGGCGUUUGCAGAUUUGGUCUUUUUUUUGGCGUUUGCAGAUUUGGUCUUUUUUUUUACGUUUGCAGAUUUGCGGUACACUUUUUUUUUUUGUUUAGUUUUUUCUUUUGGGAUCUUGUCUGCACAGGUUUCAGAUGGAAUGGACUUUUCGACAAGAGGAGUCUGAAUUUCGCAUUUCGCGACACGUUGUUUUUGACCGGCUGGCUUGAGCGCAUUCCACAGGUUGUUAGAGGAGCAAGUUCUGAUGUGUUGCCAAUUUCUUGAAUAGAAAUCGAGAUGGUCUCUUGGUGCAAGAAGGGGGUUGUUGGUGUUGCUGGCGUGCUUUCGACUUUCGCCGGUCACUUGCCGCCACUUUCCAGUUCGGUUCGUUGCGGUUCGGAGUUUUGCGAGUGCCGAAGAAAAAAAGGACAUAUUCCGUGAACAGUGCCGCAAGGAAAAUGUUCGAAAUCCGUCUCAGUGUCUGGCUAUUUUUUCUGAAAAAAAAUGCGCUUGCGUGCGCGCGUAUACGAUUUUAGGGGCGCACGGGAGAGGGGGAUAUGCGCGUGUAUAUGUUACGUGCCAGUCGGCGCGAAGAGUGUGUUGGGUGCGACCUGGGCGUGAAAAAAAAAAAUAAUUUGCAAAAAGCAACAGGUCUUUUUGGUCAUUUCUUUUAAAAUGGAGGAUUCUUACGACUGUGUUAUCUUGGGGACGGGGUUAACCGAGUGCAUCCUUAGCGGUCUGUUGUCGGUAGACAAGAUGAAUGUGCUUCACAUGGACAGAAACGACUACUACGGCGGCGCGUGCGCAUCUUUGAAUUUGGAGCAGGCGUUCAGUCAGUUUGGAGAGGGGAAGUGUGAGGAUCUGGAGAAGUACGGCAGGUCUCGCGAUUGGAACAUCGAUUUGGUUCCAAAGUUCAUUAUGACCAAGGGAAAAAUGGUUUCCAUCUUGCUGCACUGCAACGUGACGUGUUAUCUUGAAUUUAAGAGCGUGGAUGGAAGUUUUGUAUAUGAGAAGAAGAAGAUACACAAGGUGCCCGCGACGGAGACGGAGGCGCUGUCGUCGAGCCUGAUGGGUUUUUUCGAAAAGUACCGUUUCAAGGAUUUUUUGUUAUACUGCGUGAAUUACGAUCCGUCCAAUCCGAAGACGUUUAAUGGGAAGGACUUGAAGAAGUUGACGGCCAAGCAGCUUUUGACGUCGCACAAGUUGGACAAGUCGACCAUCGAUUUUGUUGGACAUGCCAUGGCGCUGUACCUCGACGAUUCGUAUUUGGACGAGCCGGCGCUGGAAUUCGUGGAGCGUGUCAAGCUCUACGCGGAUUCUCUUUCCCACGCGGUUUGCGCAUUCAAGGGACGGUCGCCCUAUUUGUACCCGGCAUAUGGGCUGGGGGACCUUCCGCAGGCGUUUGCUCGCCUGGCGUCCAUUUAUGGCGGGACGUACAUGCUUUCUAAGCCGUUCGACGGUCUCGUUUUAGACGAAAAUGGACGCGUGGCGGGUGUGAAGUCAGGCGGAGAAACCGCUCGGUGCAAGAAAGUCAUCGCCGAUCCGUCGUAUUUUCCAGACAAAGUCCAGAAAAAAAAACAAAUAGUUCGCGCGAUUUGUAUUUUGGACCAUCCCAUUCCCGACACAGGAGAUGCCGACAGCGCUCAGAUCAUCAUUCCCCAAAAGCAAGUUAAUCGAAAGUCAGACAUUUAUAUCAACGUGAUUUCCCAUGCGCACCACGUCGCUUCUGUGGGCAAGUACAUCGCCAUUAUAUCGACGACGGUCGAGACAUCUAAUCCGAAGAGCGAAAUAGAUUUCGCUGUCAAGCUGCUCGGACCCAUUAUGAAAAUCUGGUACAGCGUGCUGGAUUUGUACGAACCGAUCAACGACAGCGAAAAAGAUCAAGUGUUCAUUUCGAAGAGUUACGACGCCACACCGCACUUCGAAACGGUCAUAGACGAUGUCAUGAGACUCUACACGCUGGUCACAGGCAGGCAGCUUGACUUGAGCAAGGUUAUUCCGAGAGAAGAAGUCGCCGAUUGAUAGCUAAAUAUUCAUUUAAGAGGGGGGUGUCCGCAUGUCUCCCCUCUAGGCUUCGGCAAAUAUCAGGCUCGACACCCAAUGGCAUCUUCCGUUCUCACGCUUUUGAUCUGGAAGGAUGGGAAGCAUACAAAGUUUAUGGGCGAAUCCCUAUCCCUUUGCAUGAAACGGCCGAUCAGUCCGUUCAAAAGAAAAACUAAAAUGACUCUACGCGAUUUUAUCAAAAAAAAAAAA